GCGUGUUGGUGGUUGACGGUUCGUUGGCUGGGCGAGGCAGCCGAGAGGAGGAGGAUUCGCAGGGGGAGGCCUCGGCGUCUCCACAGGCGGCCAGGAGCUCCGCAGUGAGUGCGCGGCAAGCGAGGGGAGUCGGCCAGGACCGAAUGGCAGCAUCAUUCUCUUCAGUACUACAUUAUUUCUGGAUGAAGUGGCUAUAAUACUAGAAAAGAAGACUGAUGAUGACUUGAGCAACUGCUAUGACAGAUCACUCAUGUAACAGCAACAUUCUGGAAGUCCAUACCUGAAAAGAGGAUUUCAUCAUUUUUGAGGAUCAGGUAACCUGACUUUGCAAAAUGAAUCGUUACACGACUAUGAAACAACUUGGAGAUGGAACUUAUGGCAGUGUGUUGAUGGGAAAGAACAAUGAAUCAGGGGAGCUUGUGGCUAUCAAAAGAAUGAAAAGAAAGUUCUAUUCUUGGGAUGAAUGUAUGAAUUUGAGAGAAGUCAAGUCACUGAAGAAACUGAAUCACGUAAACGUGAUAAAGCUGAAAGAAGUUAUCCGAGAAAAUGACCAUCUUUAUUUUGUGUUUGAAUAUAUGAAAGAAAAUCUUUAUCAGUUAAUGAAGGACAGAAAUAAGUUAUUCCCAGAGUCUGUCAUCAGAAACAUUAUGUAUCAGAUAUUGCAAGGGCUAGCUUUUAUCCAUAAACAUGGUUAUUUUCAUCGAGAUAUGAAACCUGAAAACCUUCUUUGUAUGGGUCCAGAACUUAUUAAAAUAGCUGAUUUUGGAUUGGCUAGAGAGCUAAGAUCUCGGCCUCCAUAUACAGAUUACGUUUCUACCAGGUGGUAUCGUGCACCUGAGGUUUUAUUGAGAUCUUCUGUGUAUAGUUCCCCUAUUGAUAUAUGGGCUGUUGGCAGUAUAAUGGCUGAACUAUAUACAUUAAGGCCCCUAUUUCCAGGAACAAGCGAAAUAGAUGAAAUUUUCAAAAUUUGCCAAGUGUUAGGAACCCCAAAGAAGAGUGAUUGGCCAGAGGGGUACCAACUUGCUGCUGUAAUGAACUUCCACUUCCCUCAGUGUGUCGCCAUAAACUUAAAGACUCUAAUUCCAAAUGCCAGCAAUGAGGCAAUCAAGCUUUUGAAUGAAAUGCUGAACUGGGAUCCAAGGAAACGGCCUGCAGCAAGUCAGGCAUUGAAAUAUUCCUACUUCCUAGUUGGCCAAGUGCUAGGACCACCUCCACAAUAUCUGGAGCAGAAACAAUCUCAUUCUAAGUCAGUCCAACCCAAAGAGCCAAAGCCAUCUCCAUCUAAGCUGGAAUCUGUAUCAAAGCCAGAAUCUCAGUCUUCACCAGAGGCACCUGACAAAUUUCAGAACUCUGCUAACCAGCAAACAUCAAAGCAACAGCAACCACUCUUUCCAGCCAUCAAUGAAACUUCAUCACCAAAGCAAACAGCCAUAGCACCUUCACAUGGUGCAGUGGGCCUGAAAAAUGGUCGGCGACGAUGGGGUCAGACUGUCUUAAAGACUAUGGAUAGCUGGGAUGAUUUUGAUGACUCUGAAUUUGGACUUUCAUAUUCUAAGAAAUCCAGCAUUACAAUGAUGAAUGAAAAGAAAACAAAGGGAUCUCUCUUUAGUCUAAGUCCUGAGCCUAAGUCUUCUACGUCUGGCCGCCCAGGAGGAGAAAAUAAAGUUCUGAAGAGAAAUGACUCUGGGAUAUCAUUUUUAUCAGCAAAACAGCACUACCUUAAGCAGUCAAGAUACAUACCUGGUGUAAACCCCAAGAAUGUCUCCUUGGAGCCAGCCAGUAAAGAUGGAAGUAAUGGAACCUGGAACAAUUCUUUGUUUUCGAAACCACUAGCAUCUUUUGGAAGUCUGUCUUUCAGCCGAGUCAAUCCAGAAGAAAAUUUAAUUAAACAAAUUGAAAACCUGUCUUGUAAAGAAAGAGUGAGUGAAAAAUUAGAGGACUCGAAAGGAAACCCUGGCUGUGUAGGUGCUGCUUACAGUGCCCCGGGCGAAUAUAUCCCUUCCUUUCACAAAAAAGAAGUUGGUUCAGCUGUUCAGAGGAUACAGCUAGCGCCACUCAGGCCAUCAGCCACAGAAUAUCCUUGGAAAACAAAAAUGGCUCAAGCUCCGUUACCAGGACCUCCUUACAACCCAGCCACAAAAGGCAUUAACAUCUUGACUCACCCAUCACCCAUACAGCCAGUUCAUGGAAGAACAGACUGGGUGGCCAAGUAUGGAGGACGUCGGUAAAGGUGCUUUCUUGCACAGCACAUGCUUCUGCUGUAGACUGUUACGUUCUCUCCAUCCUUUUUAUUCUGGGACACUUUAAAACACAUUUCUACAAAUAGAAUAUUGAUUCUUGAAAGGACUGAGAGCAUAUAUUUUUAUUAUCUCUAGGGAGAAAAGACAUUAAUAUAUAUGGUUUAUUUAGAAAAUACUCUUCAUAAUAAAUUUCACCAAGUUAUGUUUUUUAAUGAAGUAUUCUAUAAAGUAUUUUGCCAAAUCUAACGAGUAUUUGAAUUCUUACUAGAGGGAUAGUAAUUGUUUUGUUUGAUCCCUUCUUUUUCUUAUCAAAAUAUUUUUAAAUGGCGUCAACUGAUAUAUUAAUAAUUGGACAUAUCUAGGUAUCAUACUUUAGGCAGAUAGACAAAAGGUGAUUAUCUUUUUUCAACCAGACAUUACUUUGGGAAUUUUUUUGGUAAAUCAGAAAUUAACAGCGAGAACAGAACUGAUUGGUUAGAAGAGAAUUGUAUGCUGCAUCGUCUAACAAGCAUCAGACUGCAGCCUAAAUUGAACUCAGUUGUGUUUGUUUGGGGCUGGACGAGGCCCUUACUGCCUUGUAUUCCAGAGAAUGAACCCAAAGAUAAUCAAUGAAAGCAGUAACAUAAAUGUAGAUGUAAAAUUGCAUCAUUUUCCUACUGACCCAUAUAUAGUAUGUCUUGUGACUGUACAUUGCUUUGAGUCGGUAGGAAAGAGAUUUGUGUAAAUUCUUUGACCUUGAUCUACAGACCACUGUGCACAGCUGUGGACUCCAUAUGCAUCUUUAAAAAAUGAUGAGUGCUUUUAGCUUUGCUUGGCACUUAAAUGAAAGGUGAAGCCUUUCUCUGUGCAAGUGGCAUAUGAGUAUAAGAACUCAAAUCAUAAUCCAUGCAAGGUUUGAUGUGAAAUUUUCAUGGAGAUGACUUGCAAGUGUGAUCCUAUUUGAGGGAAAUAUAGUAUAUAUGAAUGGUGUUGAAAAACCAUGUUUUCCUACACAGAGGGACAGUUAAUUGCCAAGUUAGGAAACAUAUUAAAUGCAAUUGCAGAUAUAGCUCAAAUUUCUGUACACAAUAAGAUUCAGCUGCCAUCUCCCUCUUCCCAAACAAUUGCCCUGCCACUUUCCUCUUUUUCAUGGUAGGCGUGUUCUGGUGUAGCACAAGGAUUUGAAAGAAGCCUAAGAUGCUUCUAGUUAAUCUCGCUUGUAACACCUUCCCUUGGUAACCAAAACUAAACUACAGAUUGCCUGCUAAUGCCCAAAGGUAUUUCUUCUAACUGGGGAUACCUGACAGACUGUUUUUUCUUAAGGCUCCAUCCUAGCUGCUUGGGAUAAAAAUUGCACUUUCCUUUUAUUUUUAUAUGCCAUAAAUUACAAAGUGGCCCCAAAACUUGUGUGCUUUUUCAAGAUACUUCUGUUUUUUUAAGAGACUUGCUAAACUGUUAGAGAUCCUUGCUGUCUUUAAUGUCAGACUUACCACUCUGAGCUUUAUGCUUUUUCGUCAAUUAAAUCUUGUAAUAUUUUGUAUAUUAAAGCUGAGAAUCCAAACUUUCUUGAUUUUUUCCCUGUAGGCUUUACUUGUAUAUUCAAUGUAUUUAAGAUUGAAAUCUUGAUUUUUAACCAGCACCACAAGGGCCAAUAAAUAAUGUUUAUUCCUAUGCAAAGUUACAGGAAUAUCAGACUAAUGCUUUACUGAAGAUUUUUGCUUUCUGUUCAAUGUUUAGUUUUUUUUCCACCCAGGCCCUACACACAUACUGAAAUGUUGUC